AUGUCUGGAAAUUACGACUCUUGGGAAGACGCCGCGGCGCAAGAUGAGCAACUCUCGCGCCAGGCGCAGAACAUGAACAUGAACAUCAACGCCAAUGCCAACACCUUUCGGCCAGGCGCCUCCUCCUUCCAGCCCGGCGCCACGUCAUUUCAGCCUGGCCAGCAGUUUCCACAGUACGGACAACAACAGUAUGGUGGCUACGGUGGCCAGCAGUACACUCAAUUCCCCCAGUAUGGACAGCAGGGAGGCUAUCAGCAGUACCCACAAUACCAACAGCAGCAAUAUGGCGGCCAACAGCAGUUCAACCAGGGUGGGCAAGUUCCCCAAUACAACCAGCAACAACCAAGUCAAUUUCAACCCCGACAAGGCGCACCUAUCAGCAUCGCCAAACGAGGUGGCGCCGAUCCUGCUCCGGCCACAGAGGCCGCUCCAGCACCAGCGCCAAAGGCUGCAGAGGCUCCGAAACCUGCUGCCGCUGCGCCUCCAAAGGCUAAGGUCUUAUCAAUCGGUGUUCCUGCCGCUCCGAAGACCGAACCAAAGAAAGAGACCAAGCCAGAAGUGAAGAAGGCCGAUACCGUUACGGACAAAGAAGGUACACCCGCCGAAAAGGGAGCCAAAGUAGCGGCAGCAAAAGCGGUCAAGGAUGGUGCAAAGCCAUCGGGCAGGACAUCUCCUGUUCCAUCAUCCGGGAAGAACUCUCCAACUCCCGGCGAGUCUGGGAAGAAAGGCGCCACUGCGGAACAACUAGCUGCUCAACAAACAGCCGAUGUUGAUGAGUCAGUCCUGGAAGAGAUGUAUGGCAAGGAACAUGUCAACAUCAUAUUUAUUGGCCAUGUUGAUGCCGGCAAAUCUACCCUUGGCGGUCAACUGCUCAUCCAAACCGGUAUGGUCGACGAGCGCACGCUAGAGAAGUACAAGAACGACGCAAAGAAUGCUGGCCGAGAAACAUGGUACAUAUCCUGGGUCAUGGACUUGAACAAGGAGGAGCGCGCCAAGGGCAAGACUAUUGAGGUGGGCCGAGGCUUCUUCGAGACCUCGAAGCGCCGUUACACUAUCCUAGACGCUCCUGGUCACAAGACAUACGUCCCUAACAUGUUGAGUGGAGCAUCGCAAGCUGACAUCGCUGUUCUGGUUAUCUCUGCACGGAAGGGUGAAUUCGAGACUGGCUUCGAGAAGGGUGGACAAACGCAAGAACACGCUAUGCUGAUCAAGACUACUGGUGCCAAGGAACUUGUUGUGGCCGUGAACAAGAUGGACGAUCCCACGGUUGAGUGGUCUAAGGAACGAUAUGACGAGAUUGUUGGCAAGCUAAAGCCAUAUCUGAAAAAGAGAAUUGGCCUAGAUUCGACCUUUCUCCCACUUUCCGCACAGACGGGCUUCGGUGUGAAGGAAAAGAUUCCCGACUCGGCUGCUAAAUGGUCGAAUACUCCCUCGUUGCUUGAGCACCUAGACGGCAUGGCCAAGAUCCAGCGUAACGUCAACGCGCCUUUCAUGAUGCCCAUCGGCGCAAAGUAUCGAGAUCUAGGAACAAUGAUCGAAGGGCGUAUCGAGGCCGGUGUCAUUCAAAAGUCUUCCAACUACAUCAUGAUGCCGAACAGGGAAGACGUCGGAAUUUCAGCGUUGUAUGGUGAGACCGAAGAGGAAAUCCCGCACGCUACAGCUGGUGACCAGGUCCGCAUCCGGCUAAGAGGUAUCGAAGAGGAAGAUAUCAUGCCUGGCUUUGUUCUUUGCUCACCGAAGCGUUUGGUACACUGUGUCAAAGAGUUCGAGGCCCAGAUCAGCAUCGUCGAUUUGAAGUCAAUCCUGUCCGCCGGUUUCAAUUGUGUCCUGCACGUCCACGCCGCAACUGAAGAAGUCACGUUUGCUGCCUUGUUGCACAAGCUUGAGCCUAAGACCGGACGCAAGAGCAAGAAGCCACCCCCAUUCGCAGCCAAGGGUCAGAACAUUAUUGCACGGUUACAGGUAACCAGUGGCGGAGGAAAGGUCUGUGUCGAGCGCUUCGAGGAUUAUCCCCAACUUGGUCGAUUUACUCUCAGAGACCAGGGCCAAACAAUCGCUGUGGGCAAGAUCACGAAGCUCAUCCUCGAUGACUAA